AAAUGCCAAAGGAGAACGCUGGAAGGAUUGCUCUCUUGCCAGCAGGUUCAUACGACCGAUUUCUGCACAUGGCUCACUAUCCACCAUCGGCGCCUGGACGGCUUGGCGAUCCGACAAUGUCGGUAUCGAAAGAUCCGCGAACUCAUCCAAAGUUGCUGGCCGCAGUUCAGAAAGAAGGCAUGCACGAGACGACCUUUCUCACUCCGGAAUUCACACCAGAUGCUCCCAAAGAGUCCAUAAUCGAGUUUUGUUCCCAAGCCGAGAAGGGAAUUGAAGAAGUAUACCGCAAUCUGGACUAUACAGUCACCCAUUCCAGUCUCUCCCGUCCAAUCGAUGAAUCCGAGGAGAGAAUCGUCGGACCAGACGGGAAUGAAAUCAAGAUCCUGAUGUAUCGUCCGGCCGGAGAGGCUGGACCGAUUCCAGCUUUGCUGUACUUCCAUGGAGGCGGCAUGAUCAUGCUUCGAACUGACAAUCCGAUGCAUAUCGCCUGGUCCAAAGCUCUCGCCCAGACUGGACUCCACGUUUUCCUCGUCGACUUCCGCAAUGCACUCCAUCCGGAUGGGCUGAGACCCUUUCCAGCCGGGCUCAACGACUGUGUUGCGGCCGUUCGCUGGAUCCGCAAGCACUCCGCGAAGUUGAACAUCAACAAGAUAGUCCUCCACGGCGAAAGUGGUGGUGGGAAUCUAGCACUUGCCACUGCCUUAAAAGCGAACUCGGAAGGCUGGCAGGAUGAAAUCGAUGGAGUCUGCGCCACUGACCCGUACAUCAGCGGCGCAUACAACUUGCCCUUGGAGUGGAAGCUCCGCGAAUUGCCCAGCCUUGUAGAGUUGGACGGAUAUCUGGUCAUGUGUUCGUCGAGCUCUCUGCAUGCUCGGAUCUACGACGAUUUUGGCAAGCAUGCUCGAGACAAAUUGGCGUGGCCGUACUGGGCGGAGGAGGAAGACAUGCGAGGGCUACCUCCGCAUUUGAUCGUGACAGCAGAGCUUGAUCCGCUGCGAGAUGAGGGCAAUGCCUAUUACAGAAAAUUGGCUCGUGCGGGCGUCUCUGCGGUGGGAAGGGUCAGCCUCGGCGUCGUGCAUUCAGGCGAGCUGUUUCUGCGAAAGGCGGCACCAGAGGUCUUCCUCGCCCAUCUGUGGGACAUCAAGACAUUCGUCGAUCGUUUCAACGCGUUGGUGAUUUGUCGAGAAGGAAUCCUCACGCGGAGUUGUGCUUACACGCUAAAAGCGGCUCUACCCGCAGCCUACCCCUUGUCCUUGACAUCCGCUGCUCGCGGGAUCCCUUACCUUCUCAUCCACAUGCUCGAUGCUCAUCCCCCUCGCAUUGUUUCAUCACGCCACAGCAGUGCACGCUACGAUCAGCCCGACGAGCGUCGAGCGAGCUCAUUCGGUUCCUGGCAACUAAGCCUUUUCGCCGUCCUCUACGUCGAAGAGCUUGCCCUUCGAGUUCGGGGCGUAGGUGCCGUAGGAGCGCUAGAAGUUGGCCUGUUCGGCAGUCUCGACCGGGAGGUUGUUAGCGUCGACACCCUCGCCCUAUGGCUAGACAGCCUUCUAUGGCUGGGCCUUUUCGCUGUCAUCUACGGUAAAGAGUUUGCCCUUGGAGUUCGGGGCGUAGGUGCCGUAGGAGCGCUGGAAGUUGGCCUGUUCGGCAGUCUCGACGGGAACGGUGUUGGCGUCGACGCCCUCGCCCUGUGGCCAGACGGCCUUCUAUAG